ACACAGCAUGUUCUUAAUGAUAGCUAAUACUGUAUGAAGGAUGCACUUAAACUGGGAAGCUUAUAAUAGCUCUUUUAUGGAGAUGUGGGUAAAUGAUGCUGAGUCAUUAUGGUGAACAGGGAGAUUCAGCGCAUGGAUAGUCAGGACAGGAAGUGGAAACCCUCUUUGGAUCAAUUAUGCAUAGGCUGCACUCUGGAGAUGGAGGGGUGCAGGGAGGAGUCAGGCUCUAGAUGAAGUCUGUCCCAUACCGAGUUGCUGCAGUUUGCACUGAUAAAUAAGAUCGCAACUUGUGUUAUCGUUUGUGAGUAUUCCUCUAUAAAACAAGACAAUGGGAGUUGGAUGGGAUAAUCGUGCUGUGGUAGAGAGAAGUAUGUUCAUCAUGCGGGUGCUGCUGAGCCUAUUUCCUCUGCUCCUUAUUUUGUGGAAUAGUGACAGCACUGAGGCUUUGCCUGUACAGGACAAACUAUCACACACCAAUGAGAUACUAACCAAAGACAAGGACUUGUUGAAGAAGAUGAUGACAGACAUGGCGGAGCUGAACCUCACUAGUAAGGAACUAGCAGAUCUUGACCCUGAUUUGCUGAAUGGCAAACUGGGAGAGAGGUCUGUUUUUGGAGAGCCAGUUCCUAAAGACAAAUCUCCAUGCAAGCUCUUCUACUGGAAAACCUUCUCCUCAUGUUAACACUGGAAAUCAUAAAGAACCCAGAUGAAUCUGUUUAAUCUACAAUCCUGCUUUACAGUUAGUCUAUAUUUAACCAUACAAGGCAAUAAAAUGUAUAUGCAUCCCCUUGCUUCUGCAGUUCUAAUAUUGUAAUUUAUGCGUGAUGACUUUUGAAUUGACUAUUUACACUAACGUUUGUAUUUAUACUCUGACGCAGGUUAUUGUUUGAAAUAAGAUUAAUCACUAAAUAAUUACAUGGACCUUUUACAUGUGCGCUUUGAACUGUUUGACAAAGAAAGGUGUAAUAAAAGUUCUCCAAAUCA